AUGCAUAGCCUCUUUCUUGGCAACGCUCGCAAAUUCCCAGUUAUAAAGCAAAACCUUUCUUGCCGUUCUGAUCCAAUAUCGUCCUCAACGCGACCUCAUAUGUUUGCGCGCGAUGAUCGCCACAGCUACUUGCAACGUCUGGAAUCGCCGAUCGGUCCAGGAGCGUAUACCAUUCCGUCAACCUUUCAUAACCCGUCUCCAAACUUGUGGUUACGCGUGGUGCAUCGUGAUUCUUAUGGUCGAGAAUUUUCUAGACAGAACCGGUCAAAGACUGCCAACAGUGUAAUGGAGUCAUCGCCCGAUGUGUCGCACCAGCUCUGUCUAGCUAUGAAAGCCAACAUGCACCAAUCUCGCCGCGACCAGCUUCGAAGGAUGAUACUGGCUGCUUGCUGGAGCAAAGAUGAGAAUGCGGCUUUGCCGUCUUCGACGGAGCGCGACCGUCAUGCUGCAAGAAAUGCCAAGGCGUUAAGCCCAAAACCCGUUUCAAUAAGCAAUUGUGCGUCACAACAUACAACAUCAAGCUCGCCAACGACUUCAUCACAGAAACAGAGGGUGCCAGCGGAUGUCACAGACAUUUUAGAAGAAUAUCAUGAUAGUGUUGAGGUGGUGGAGGAGCGUUCGAGAGCUUUGCAGCAGCCCUCGAUCAUCAGCGUGCCGCUUUCAUACCAGGACCUUCUUAUGCGCACUAGCUACUUGGACCGGCUUCAAAAGCAGCAGCGACGGAAGCGCGUAGCCAAUCAGUAA